GCGGCCGCGCCCCUCCCCCGCGCGGCGCUCAGUGCCAGGCGGGAGGCGGCAGCGGUUGGAGGCUUCGCGGGGCUUUGCAGCUGGGACUUCAGUGGCGCCUCAGGCACCCGGGCUCUGACACGAUGCGGCGAGUGGUGCGGCAGAGCAAGUUCCGGCACGUCUUUGGACAAGCGGUGAAGAAUGACCAGUGCUAUGACGACAUCCGCGUCUCCCGAGUCACCUGGGACAGUUCUUUUUGUGCCGUCAACCCCAGAUUCGUGGCCAUCAUCAUAGAAGCGAGUGGGGGAGGGGCCUUCCUGGUGCUCCCUCUGCACAAGACGGGGCGAAUUGACAAAUCCUACCCUACAGUGUGUGGCCACACGGGACCAGUGCUAGACAUAGACUGGUGUCCACAUAAUGAUCAGGUCAUCGCCAGCGGCUCAGAGGACUGCACCGUUAUGGUUUGGCAGAUCCCGGAAAAUGGACUGACCCUUUCCCUGACUGAACCUGUGGUGAUUUUAGAAGGUCACUCCAAAAGAGUUGGCAUCGUGGCCUGGCACCCGACAGCCCGCAAUGUGCUUCUCAGUGCAGGCUGCGACAACGCCAUCAUCAUCUGGAACGUGGGGACAGGGGAAGCCCUCAUCAACCUGGACGACAUGCACUCAGACAUGAUUUACAACGUGAGCUGGAGCCGCAACGGCAGUCUCAUCUGCACAGCGUCCAAAGACAAGAAAGUGAGGGUCAUCGAUCCCAGGAAGCAGGAGAUCGUGGCGGAGAAAGAAAAAGCACAUGAAGGGGCCAGGCCUAUGCGCGCCAUCUUCCUGGCUGACGGCAACGUCUUCACAACUGGCUUUAGCCGCAUGAGCGAGCGGCAGUUGGCACUCUGGAACCCAAAAAACAUGCAGGAGCCAAUUGCUCUCCAUGAAAUGGACACCAGCAACGGGGUGCUGCUCCCCUUCUAUGACCCUGAUACCAGCAUCAUCUACUUAUGUGGAAAGGGCGACAGCAGUAUCCGCUAUUUCGAGAUCACCGAUGAGUCCCCGUAUGUCCACUACCUCAACACAUUCAGCAGCAAGGAGCCUCAGCGGGGCAUGGGGUACAUGCCCAAGCGGGGACUCGAUGUCAACAAGUGCGAGAUCGCCAGGUUCUUCAAGCUUCACGAGAGAAAGUGCGAACCGAUUAUCAUGACGGUCCCCAGGAAGUCUGACCUCUUCCAAGACGACCUGUACCCUGAUACAGCGGGGCCGGAAGCUGCGCUCGAGGCCGAGGAGUGGUUUGAGGGGAAGAGCGCAGACCCUGUCCUCAUAUCCUUGAAGCACGGGUACAUUCCAGGCAAGAACAGGGACCUCAAGGUGGUCAAGAAGAACAUUCUGGACAGCAAGCCUGCUGCGAACAAGAAGACUGAUCUCAUCUGUGCCCCCAAGAAGACAGGAGACACGGCCAGCGCGCAAAACGACGCCAAGUUAGAUGAGAUUCUAAAAGAGAUCAAAUCCAUAAAGGACACAAUCUGCAAUCAAGAUGAGCGCAUUUCAAAGCUGGAGCAGCAGCUGGCGAAGAUGGCUGCCUGAGGCCCACCCACCUCCACGGACGGCAGCUGCUCAUUGGCGUGCUCCAAGGGAGGGCAGAGGGGAGACACUGCCAUUUGGAGACAUUCCGUUUCAGAUCUGUCAGCCAGCGGUAGGCCACAUUCCAGUAAGAACUCAACUCCUCCCAAAUUUUCGAAACCAUGAAAGCUGAGUUUUUAUCAGGGAGCUUUCGGUGUUUGACAUGUCUGGUGACUUGUUGAACCUUACUGCAUUUGAAAUGCCAGAUAUUCUGAAUUUUAGACCCCCCCCCCCAGCAUCCUCCCCACACACCUUCUGACUCGGCCAGUGCCACCUCUGCUCUCUGUCUCUUCCUUUUUAAUGUUGCCAAAACCGAAAGUAGCUUUUUUUUCUUUGUAUUUUGCUACUUUGCAGUAUUUGUGUGGUUUUUUUUCUCUACAAUUUGAAAGGAACAGCACUGUGUAUUGUUUAUAAACUAAAUGAAGAUGAGAUGAUUAUUUUGUAUAAGCACUCAUGAGAACAAUCAGUGCAGCCGCACAGGGCCGGCUUACUCACAGCACAAACCUGGGCGUCUGCCGACGGUCCAGAAGGAAGACUUGAGAAAUCACGCGGACCCACACACCGCCCCCAGCCCACUGAGUCCUCGAUCAAAAGCUCUUGUCCCGUCUCUCUCUCCUUGCUCUCUCUUUCCUAGAAGUUGUGUGGUUGUGCAGAUGGAACUCAGCUCCCUGAAGCUGUGCCUCAGUGAUUAUACCCUAACCCAAAUAGCUCGUGUUUCUGCAACUUUGUUCUCCGCAGACGGUUGUGCCCAUCUCUUCCAGCAGUGUGGUUCACUUCCGGGCUGUUUUGGACAAGGGCACUCAAGGCGAGUGGACACCUGUGUGUUGAGAGUCCUUGUCCACGGAGGCAGCUUGCCUGGCCCUUGGGACUUGAACCAGGCGUGGUGCGCACAGCCUCUGCCCCAGACCCUCUCGGUUCCCUCGCUCCUGUCUUCCUUCCCUCCUGUCUCAGGCACCUAGCCAGUCCUCAAGGGCUCUCGAAUGUUGUAGGCGAAGGGAAUGCCCAGAACAACAUAGAAAGGGAAGUUCAGAGGCCGACCAUGGCUGGUCACGCACAGGCCCUCUGCCCUCACCUCACAGCCUCACACUGCAUGUCUGUGAAAGCAGGCGACCUGGGUGGUGUCAGGGAUCAUGACAGGCAAACCUUGGCAUGUGCUCGGGCUGGUGUGGGCACAGUGCUGGCCGCCAGCACACGCGCAGGUUCUCAGGGCAGGCAUAGUGUGGCAGGCAGCAGCCCCUUAGAGUGUGUGGACUGACUGACUGACUGACUGGGGACUGAUAAGAACAGGUUCUCUCAGCCACCUAGAUGGGCAUCGGUGACUUCGCAGCUUCAGGGCUCCUGAGCUUUGUGGGUUUCCCUGUCUGUCCUAUGUUUACUGUUGGAUGAUGAGAUGGAGAGGAGAGGCUGGACUGAGUCACUGCAUUGUCUGCACUUUCCUUUGCUGAGGACUGUGUCACGCGUCACGAAGGUUCUGGGGUCAGUCGAGCUAAUCAAGCGAACGAUUGUAGAGGCUGUGAUGAAGCUGGGGAAAUGUGGUUCAGAGGGGAAGGGGUGACUGUAGUGGGUGCCUGGCUGAGCAGGCACUUGGCUUGCUGUGGGGGCUCGAUUUCCCUGCUUUGUCUUAAAGCCAUGGCGUGGCCGGGGAGGACAGUGAGCUGCUCCUACACCCACUCUUAUAGAGUGGCUGGUGUUCUGUCAAAACACUCACUUCCGAUUUCAGAGAUAAAGACAUUGAUUACAA